GUUCAAAACUCUCGAAUGCAACCCAACAAAACUCAUAAAUCCUCACCCAUCCCUCAAAUUUAAAAUCUCUGCAGUUCUCACUCCUGAAGAAGAGAGAGAGAGAGAAAGAGAGAGAGAGGAAUGACGGGGCUCGUGAUGGUGACGAAGGGCGGAGGGUGCGGCGGAGGGAAGGGAGCCAAGAGAGGAAGAACUGCCACCGAAGAAGAGCAGAACCAGCUGUCCCUCGUCGCAUUCCUUCUGGCGGCUCUGAGGAAGUCCAUGGUGGCGUGUCGGGUGGAUCGACCCGACGAGGUUAUCCCCUCUGUUCAUCACAUGGAAAUAGGUUGGCCCACCGAUGUUCAGCACAUCACUCAUGUCACUUUCGAUCGCUUCAAUGGUUUUCUGGGUCUUCCCGUUGAGUUCGAGAUCGAGAUCCCGGGUCGGGUUCCCAGCGCUAGUGUAAGUGUGUUUGGCGUGUCAGCAGAUUCUAUGCAGUGUUCUUAUGAUUCAAAAGGAAACAGUGUGCCCACUAUUCUCUUACAUAUGCAGGAGCGUUUAUACUCACAGGGAGGCCUAAAGCGGGAAGGAAUAUUUCGCAUAAACCCAGAAAAUAGUCAAGAAGAACAUGUGAGAGACCAGUUGAAUCGGGGGAUUGUGCCGGAUGACAUUGAUGUCCACUGUUUGGCGGGCUUAAUUAAAGCCUGGUUUCGAGAGCUUCCUUCAGGAGUACUGGAUGGACUUUCACCUGAACAGGUUCUUCAGUGCAACACAGAAGAAGAAUCUGUUGAGCUCGUGAAACAGCUCAAACCAACUGAGGCUGCCUUGCUCAACUGGGCUAUUGAUCUCAUGGCUGAUGUUGUAGAGGAGGAAGAAUUCAACAAAAUGAAUGCAAGAAAUAUUGCAAUGGUCUUUGCUCCAAACAUGACGCAGAUGUCUGAUCCAUUAACUGCUCUGAUGCACGCGGUCCAAGUGAUGAACUUGCUGAAGACCUUGAUAAUGAAAGCACUUAGAGAGCGUGAAGAAACAACAACAGGAGGAUAUUCACCCAUGUCAUUCCGUUCAUCAGAGCGCCAGUCUGAGGAUGGAUAUGACAGCCAGCAAGAAAUGGAGACCAGCGGAGAAUUAAGAGGAACCAAGUCAGAUUAUGAUGAACAUGCUCACUACAGCCACAGCAGCGAAGAAGAAGAAGGUGGUGCCGAAUCUUUAAGUGACAUAGAGGAAUGCUUCUUGAAGCAGUUGGAUGAGCACCCAAAAGAAUACUCAGAAGAACCUGCAGGAGAUGUGCUGGAGGACUGUGCUAGCCCCAUAAGUCACUCUGGCAGUAACAUAGGAACUGCUAUGUCAUUUAGUGAUACCAAAACCGAGAAUUCUUGCUUGAGUUGCUUUCAUGGUGAAAAAUCAAGGACAACCCAGACUGCCGGGGGAUCAAAAGUUACAAACAGUCCAUCACUAGGAUGUACAGGCAGCAAUGAUGUGGAGAUUAUGGUUACAUUUACAGGUUCUGUUUCACCUGUGCCAAUGUUUACCUCCAAUUAGGAACUUUAAAUUUUUGUUUAGUAGUGUCUGAGGACCUUGUUUCAGAUUUUGUCUUUACAAGCAGCAGGGCUUGCUUGUGUAAAUUAAUACAAGGGGGUAGGAAAUGUCUGGUUGAUGUGGAUUGUGUGAAGGGUCGUGUUCAGUUCAGGGCUGAACCUGACUUCUGUAUGUUCCAGUUCUCAAGUAUUCUAACCAUGACAGAUUAAGUUGAGAUGGGGAUAGGCUGCACUAUUUAAGGGGUAGCAACAUCUUCAUAUUUGAGAAAGGUGAAAGCUGGGUUUCAGCCUGAGAUGGAUGUGCUAUGUACGCUACGUAUAAUUAUAAUUUAAUGGAUUCCACUUCAUGUUUAAGCA